AUGCGUAGUCGUUUGACAAGAACAACAUUUUCAGUUCCAAGAGUUACUGGGACUACGUCUUUACUAAUGAAAAACAUUCCUGCUAUUCGAGUAAUUGUAGAAAAUGAAGGAAAAACAUUUACACCAAUAAACACACCACAACAAAUAAUAAAUUUUUAUUAUGACCCAAAGAAAACAACAGAAAAAUAUUAUUUUUGUUUAAACCAUCAACCAUAUUAUUUUGACAGAUGUUCAGAACCUUUCUUUGAAUCUAAAUUUUGUAUAUAUUGUAGUUCAUAUGGGUAUUGGCCAACAUUCACAUUAGUUAAGGUUGAACAAUGUACUAAUUAUAAACCAAUUAAUAUUUUUCUUAAUUUUCUUGAAUCAAAUAAAAUAACAUUUGAUUGUAUUGGAAAUGAAUUUCUUUUAGUAUUAAAAGCAAACACAGAUGAAUGUCGUGAUUUUAGAGCAACUUUAGCACGUAUUCUUCAAGAAAAAAUAGUUCUAUUUGAAAGUGAUGUUAUUGAUAAAUUUGGUAAUGACAUUCAAUCACAACAAGACGCAAAAAAGAUUUAUGAAGAAAAUGAAUAUGUUUAUGUUGAAUCUGAACCACCGAUUCCAACAAGUUGUAUAGAAUUAAAAAUUAAUGGAAGAUAUGGAGUUGACAUGUCAAUGAAAACUAUUGUUCAAAAACCUACAGAUACAAUUGCAAAAGUUAUUAAUAAUUUAUUUACUAAGUUAUAUACUAUGAAACCAAAAAUAUUCGAUAAAAAUUCGAAACCAUCAGAUUUUGUAUUAAAAGUUAGAGGUUCAAAUGAGUUUUUAAUACCAUAUAAUAAUGAUAAAAUAGAAUAUAUUCUUAGUGAUUUUGAUUAUAUUAGAAAAUGUGUUAGACUAAAUCAAAAUAUUGAUGUCGUAUUGUUCAAUAGAAAAAAUAUGUAUCAGUAUAUGUUUGAUAAAGAAAAAAUAUUAUUUGUAAAACAAUUUAAUACUUUUGUGGGAAAUGAUUAUUGGAAUAAAUUACAAAAAAAUACAAAUGACUUAUCUCAACGUGUUGCUCAAAUUCAAUUUUCUAUUCAAAUUAUUUCAAUUGAAAAUAUUAAAUAUUUAAAAACUAUUAAAAAAGAAGAUAAAAAAGAAACUAUUUCAAUUACUUCAUUUAGAGCAUAUUUUGUAUUAUCUUUACAUUACGGUAUUCGUUGUUUAGAAAAAGAAAAAUAUACUAAUGUUUUUCAAGUCAAUGAUGGAAAAUUAAUAUUAAAAGAACCAUUUAAUGUUAGUUUUGAAACGCUGUUAUCUUCUCUUCCUAAAGAAACAAAAAUGACAAUUUCAUUAUAUAUGACUGAGUUACCUGUUGGUAUUAGUAUUAAUGAAAUUAAUAAAAAAGACAUUUGUUUAGCAACUAUUAAUUGUAAAUUAGUUGAUCACCAUAAAUAUUUUAUGAAAGGAUUAUUUAAAGUUGGAAUGUGGGAAAGAACUGAACCAAAUCCUAUUAUGAUGUGUUGUGAAAACACAUCACCUGAAACAUGUAAAUUACAUUAUUGUGUUAUUGAAUUUGAUAAACCAAUUAAAAUGGAUACUUUUAUUGGAACUGAAGAAGAAAUGAAUGUUCCAAUAAAUACAUCACAAAAACUAGAAGUAAGUGAUACUAAAAGAUUUAAAGAAGCUGUUGAAGCUGAUCCAUUAACAGUACUUAGUCAAGAAAAUUGUAGAUUAUUAUGGAAGUAUAGGUAUUUAGUUGAAAAAACAAAACCUGGGUCAUUAGCGAGGUUAGUUUCUGCUGUUGAUUUUACUCAACAAAGUGAAGUAUUAGAAUUACAUAGAUUAUUAAAUAAAUGGCCAUUACUUGAACCAACACAUGCAUUAGAAUUAUUAGACUUUAGAUUUCCAGAUGAACAAGUAAGGUUAUUUGCUUUAAAAUGUUUAGAUGCAAUGAAAGAUUAUGAAUUAGUUAAUUUUCUUCCACAACUUGUUCAAGCAUUAAAAUUUGAAUUACACCAUCAAAGUAAUUUAGCAUAUUUUUUACUUAGAAGAGCAUUAAGAAAUAAAAAUAUUAUUGGACAUCAAUUCUUUUGGUUUUUAAAAGCUGAAAUGCAUGAUAAUAGAGUAACUGAACGAUAUGGAGUAUUAUUAGAGGCAUUUUUAAAUGGAUGUGAAGAUUAUAGAACUGAACUAUAUAAUGAAGUAACAUUUCAAAAUCAGUUAGUUGUUAUUGCUAAUAAAGUAAAACAAUUAGAAACAAAAGAAGAACAAAAACAAUUACUUAAAGAUUCAUUGGCAAAAUUAAAAUAUCCUGAAGAAAUGUCAUUACCAUUAGAUUCACGAUUUAGAAUAAAAAAACCAAUUCCAAAUACUGGAAAUGUAUUUAGUAGUAAAAAGAAACCACUUAUGUUGGUAUUAGAAAAUGUAGAUCCAUUAGGAGAUAAUAUUAUGGUUAUACAAAAAGUUGGUGAUGAUCUUAGACAAGAUGUUUUGACUUUACAAAUGCUUCAAUUAAUGAAUAAUAUUUGGAAAUCAGCAGGAUUAGAUUUAAGAAUGUUACCAUACCAUUGUACUGCUACAGGAAAUGAAAUAGGAAUGUUAGAAUUAGUUCAAGACUCUGAAACAUAUGGAAAAAUUAUUGCAGAUGAAGGUGGUCAAGGUACAUUAAGAGUUUGUAAAGAAGAUUUAUUAACUAAAUGGUUAAAGAAACAAUGUUCAAGGAAAGAGAGUAAAGUUACAUUUGAACAAGCUGUAGAGAAUUUUACUUAUUCAUGUGCAGGAUAUUGUGUAGCAACAUAUAUUUUAGGAGUUGGAGAUAGACAUAGUGAUAAUGUAAUGAUUCGUAGAGAUGGUAGAUUCUUUCAUAUUGAUUUUGGACAUUUUCUUGGACAUUUUAAAUCAAAAUUUGGAGUUAAAAGAGAAAGAACACCAUUUAAAUUUACUCAACAUUUUGCACAUGUUAUGGGUGGUAAAGGAUCAACUCAAUUUGGAAUAUUUGAAGAUCUUUGUCUUAGAGCAUUUGCAUAUAUUGAAUAUAUGAGAGAUACUUUUAUGUUUGAUAAAAAAGAUGAUGAAGCAAAAGAAGCAUUUAGACAAUUAAUUUAUGAAUGUUUAGAAGCUAAAUCACAAACAUUAAACGAUAUGAUUCAUGAUUUCGUUCAUUAUAAAUAA